AUGGUUGAUCUCAUCUACUGCCCAUUACUCAUCCUUACCUUUGCCUCCAUCUGCACCAUGUCUCUCAUUCUUCACCGCUCUCGAUACACCGACAAAGUUCUUGAGAACUCUCUCCACAAUGCAAGAUCCGUGAUCUGUAUUCUCCUGGGUUUAUCCAUUGCUCUCAUGAUCGACGCAUUCAUCGCUUCCCAUCCGAUCAUCCUCACCUCCUACUCAAUUUCCACUAUCGUUUCCGUGUUCUUCUUGAAAUGGAUUAACUACACCUUGAGAAAAUUGGAGAACAGGGCUGAGAACCAUGAAGAGGCUGCUGUUGACAACUUGGCCUAA